AUGGAAGAUCACCACGACCACCACCACGAGGCUCCCCCCGCCGCAUACGACGAUGCAUCCAGCCAGUCCCACUCUCCGUCGAAGCACGAGCGCGACGACUUCGACCAUGCUCAGCACCACGUUGCCUACCAACCUCAUAACUCGUAUGCUUCUUCGUCGACCAAUUUCAGCACUCCCGUGCGCAACUCGCAUGCAGAGGCACAGGCUGCCCUCGAGGCUGUCGCUGCCGCUGCCAGCGCAGGCAAGAUCCAGAUGACCCCGCCACACUCGUCUUCCUCGUCUUCCUCGACUGGCUUUAUGACCACUCCCGUUACUGCUGCCGCUGCUGCUGCUGCUGCCGCCGCCGCCGCCGCUGCCGCCUCCUCCUCAGCUUCCGAUGCCCCUUCCCCCGGUGGCCCAGCUUCCCCCUUCGGCACCCACCUCGGCAGGAACAAGGCGUGUCAAAGCUGUCGUGCUCGUAAGCUCAAGUGCGAUGGCCAGAAGCCCGUCUGCGGCCAAUGUGCAAAGGGCUGGCAGAUCAAAUUUCGAAUGGCUCAAAACAAGGCCAAGAACAAGAAAAAGGCACAGGAUCCCGCUGUCCGCGCCGAGCUCGACAGUCUGCCCGAGACCAUGCCACCUUGCGUUUACUUGCCCAUCUCUCAACGAUCCUCGAGCCGCUCAGCCCGUGCUUCUCUGUCCGCACAAGAUCCCGAUAGCUCCUUCGUGAACGAUUCAGCUUCGACUUCGGCGCUUCCUCUCAUGGAUGGCUCGCCGAUGCCUGCUUCCACGCCAUCAGCCAAGAAGCGCAAGCGACCGGACGAGGCCAGUGACGAACAGGUCCUUCAGAUGCAACAAGAAAUUCAACAACUCAAGCAGCGUCUUGCCCAAGUCUCCGGCGUCUUCAACGGCAAUCACCAGCCGCUUGACCCCACUCAACAGCAGCAGCAGCCACAUCAACAGGGCGUCGAUGCUUCUGGCCGUCACCCCUCCAAGGAUGAGCUUGCCAUCGCUCACAUGCUCGCUACAAGCAUGCCAUCGGGCGAAGGUCCCUCCAACGGCUCCGGUCUGGCGCUCUCUACGUCAUUCGACUACCAACAGGCCGUAGCUGCCGUCGCUGCCAAUGGCGGCCUGGCUGCAGGUGACCAUGCCAGCUUCGAUGUCCUCGACCCCGCCCUGGGUGGUGCUGCCUAUUCGCAGCCCCACGUUGCCGAUCCUCGCACCGACUCGCGUUCUCACAAGCACGCCAAGGUCACCUCGGUCCAGGACGAGAUGGACCUCGAUGACUUUGGCAACCCUCUGUUUGAGCUCAUGGUGACCAGCUGGCCUGCCGAUUUCCCGCCUCCCAACCUCGUCAACCAGCUGGUGUCUACCUACUUCGAAAAGGCCACCGCCCAGUCGCUUUUCCUCCAACCUACCCGCUUCAUGGAGAACCUCUCUCAUGGCCCGCAACACCCCCGCUACCCCAGCCAAGGUCUGCUCCAUGGCAUAUUCGCCCUGGCUUACCCUCGCCUUCGUAGCGCCGAUGUGCAAGCGGAUGCUGUAGGCCAAAAUAUCUUCCACGGCGCUGCCACGGGCGACAAGCUCGCCAGUUUCAAGGCCGCCGCUGCCUUCCAUGCCAAGAGGGCUAAGGCGCUCGGUGAGCAGGCUUGCCAGCAGGGUCGAUUUGAGGAGGCCGUACAGAUCGAGUCUGUGCUGUGUGCCUACUACUACAUCCACGAUCGCUCCAUUGAGGCUUGGUUCGCGUCGGGUUUUUCAGGCUCGCUGCUGAAGGGCAUGGAACUCAACCGCAUGCCUUCCAUCCGAACGUUUGCCUCUAGCCAUGACAUUCGCAAGCCUGCUGGAGCCAGGAAGCAGCCCAAGCCCGCUGUCUACCGCGCUGUGCUCAAGCAGCCAGCCGCGACGCCCCUCGAGCAUGAAGAGCGCGUUCGGCUGUUCUGGAACUGCUUUUACAGCGAUCGUGCCGCCUGCUCCUCUACGCACUGGGCGCAGAGCAUCGACGACCUCGACAUCAAGACUGAGCUUCCCGGUGCCUUUGACGACUUUAUUAACGGUACUUCGGACCUCGUCAACCGUCCCAGACAGACGCUCGAAUCUCCCGACCUCUUCACCGAUGGCCACUACGAUCCUGCCAUCCUCCAUCUCAAGGCGGCCAUCCUGCAUUCGAAGUGCGUUACGCACAUGUCGAGGCUUCCCAUCGACGCGUCCGUCAACGAUGUGCUCACACCUAACUUUUACAAGCUGGAUGGCUGCGUCACAUCCUUGAUGCAGAGCUUCCCGGGCAAAUGGCGCGACCUGGCUGCCUUUGAUCCUGCGCUACGUCCCUCUCUGGGUUUCGAAGAGCCUCCAUUCCUCAGCGAUGGUGUUAACUAUCGACCGGAGAAGCAGAUCAGCCUCAUGACGAACCAGCUCGUGCUUGCACAUGCGUUCAUGUACGGCAGCUCCAUUGCGCUGCACGAGCCUGUGGCGCACCGCAUGCCCGACUCGGCCAUGAAGUCGGCCCAAGCUGCACGCAGCAUCAUCAAGAUCCUCAAGGUGUUUAUCACCGCGCGUGUCGACCUUCUGCAGGUGGGUUCACUCAUGACGCUUAUGAUUGUGCUCGCUGCGCGAUCGGUAACGCGCCAGUACAAGAAAAUGCGCAAGGAAGCGACGCAGGCCUACCUGCGUUUGCGUCGCUCGCACCCUGAGCUGGCUGCGCGCGUCGCAGAAGCUGGUUAUCCUGUUUCGUCGAGUGGACUGAGCGGCGCUUCGCCGUCUUCUUCUGCUUCCAAGGGUCUCGGUGCUAGCUUCAAUGCGAUGGGCGUAGGUCUCGACACUUCGUCUUCGGAUGCGGUCGACGAGGAGGAUACAGCCGCUGCCGAAGCGAUCUCCACCGCAGGCUUCAACGAUAAUCUCGAAGACGAAUUUGAGUUUGCGCUCGACACGGACCCAGCGCUGCGUGCCCAGAUUGACCCCGAGGGGCAAUUGGCUGGUCUGAGGGACGAUCUGGAGCUCAUCUUCUGGAGCUUGAUCAAGUAUGGCGAGACGUACCCGCUCGGUGUUGGGCAAGCCAAGAUCGUGGCGCAGCUGCUGGGCAAGGACUACUCGAGCGAGUUGGAGCAGGCGGGGCUGUUCAAGCGAUCCGCUGAGCCGAGCUCCGUGGGCAGUGCCAGUGAUGCGGGCAGCUGGAACGACCACACCAGUCCUGCCAACUUUGCAGCCGGUGCCGGUGGUCAUGCGGGUCAGCAUGCGUCACCUCCCCAGGGUAGGCCAGCGGCUGCGGCUGCUGCAGGUGCUGCAGGAGGAUAUCCUGGUGCCGCCGGUUCAGGUUCAGGUGCAGGUUCAGGUGCAGGUGCAGGUGCGGCAGGAGGCGGCGGUGCAGGCGCGUACGCCAGAAGUGUGAAUGCUGGAGCCAAUCCGUCGUUCUUCCAUGUGACCGAGGGAGGGUAUAGGUUUGGUCAUUUCUAG